AGCAUGGAGGCUCCAUCUCUGCCCGUCUCCUGCCCCCCUCCCCCCCGCCUGCAGCGGCGCCAGGCCGCCUGAUUAUUCAACCCACCAUCGUCGCCAAAGUCCCUCCACACCACGUCCGUGGCCCAACCAAACCAACCAAAGGCGUCCCCGGGUUUGCGCCUCCCCCGGGAUCCUCCAUUUCCCUCACACUUCACUCGCUCUCUUCGACUCCACAAAAGUCUCGCAUCCCCGUUUUGCGAUCCCACGCUUAAGCUUUGUCCCUCCUCUACUUGUCCUACCGUCCUCCAUCUGCAUUUAUCCCACCUCGCCGUCGUCUCGCUCGUGAUCAGGUCGACCUGAUUCCCUUCCCAUCUCUUUCGAUUUCUGUCCUCACCCAUCCUGCCUACCCGACGACCAGAGAGAACAGACCAAGGCUAGACAGAGACAAGGCCGUCAACAUCACCGCCGUUUUCGCCUCCGGCUGACCUGACUGAGGUGCCGCCGCUCUAGGCGCCCCCCUUUGCGCUCUUGCGUGAUCCCGCCAGUGCGCCGUCCAAACCACCGAUAUCGCGGUGCCCCGAAGUGCACAACACGCAACCACGCUCGCGUGAGAACGCUUUCCAACGCUUUCUGCUCCUACUCUCAGAUACCAGCCGUCGCUGAUCCCGCGACGAUCAACCCGCCACUAUGCCGGGUAUCCUUCCUAUGAAAGUCAUCAAGGUGGGCACCAGCGCCCAGAGCCGCAUCGCCCAGGCCUGCGAUCGGUGCCGUAGCAAGAAGAUACGCUGCGAUGGCGUGCGCCCAACCUGCUCGCAGUGCGCCAACGUCGGCUUCGAGUGCCGGACGAGCGACAAACUGAGCAGAAGAGCCUUUCCGCGUGGCUACACCGAGUCUCUCGAAGAGCGUGUGCGCCAGUUGGAGUGCGAGGUUCGCGAGCUCAAAGACUUGCUCGACGAAAAGGACGAGAAAAUCGAUAUGCUCUCUGCCAUGCACAGCAGCCACCAUCGCCGCCCAUCCAUCACAUCCGUCUCCAACUCUGUGUCGUCCCCGGAGUCGUCCAAAGAGUCACAAUCCCCCAAGGAGGACACAUUCCGCAUGCACGAGACUCCGCUCCUCUUGGGUGUCGAGAACUCUGAUUCUUACUUCAUGGGCGCGUCCAGUGGCCGAGCCCUGAUCACAUCGUUUAAGCGAAAGCUCCAGGAGACAGGCAGACCUUGCAACGACUUCAACCCAGAGGCAUUCCUGCAUGUCCAGGGUUGCCCGCCGUUGACAACAGAGGAAGUGGCACAAGCUGGCAAGGUGCCGCCCCGUCUCUUCUCUGACCGUUGCGUCAACGUCUUCUUCCAAGAGUGGGCGCCGCUCUUCCCGGUUCUGCAUAAGCCGACUUUCCUUCGCAUCUACGAGGAAUUCGUGGCCGACCCCGAGAAGGUCAGAUGUAAAAACAAGCUAGCACAGCUCUACCUCGUCUUUAGUAUCGCCGGUCUCUCGUCCGAGUCUCCAGACUAUCAGCAACUUGCUGCCUGUGAGAAGCAAUGGACAAAGGCACUCGAUUCGUUACAGUACGAGACCACUAUGAGCACGUUGCAGUGUUUCAUCCUGGCCCUGUUGUACUGCGCCAUGCGAGCGGACAACAAGCGACUGCAGCAUUACAAAUCUGUUGCGGUCGGCCUGUCUCACCGCCUCGGGUUGCACCAGAGCCAGAAACGGUUCUCUUUUGGCGCGCUAACUUUGGAGACGAGGAAGAAGGUGUUUUGGACGCUGUACACACUUGACUGCUUUACUUCUGCGACUUUGGGACUGCCUAAGCUUUUCAAAGAGGAGGAUGUUCAGGCCGAAUACCCGUCAGACACGGAUGACGAGUACAUUACUGAAAAGGGCUUUCAACCCACGCUUCCUGGAGAGUACACUCGUCUCUCCAGCGCUCUCGCUCUCUUCCGCGCCGCUCGCAUCCUGUCCCGCGUCCUGGAGAAGGUCUAUCCUGCGACGACCAACCACGAGCUCUCCUUGCAGCAGCUGGGUGUUUUCGAGGCGGACCUCGAUGCCUGGCAUGCCGACCUGCCGACACAUCUGCGGCUUAAUUUUGUGCAAGAUAAGCCAUCCACCGACGUGACUGGAAGCCGGUCGCCGCUGCUUGCUCUUUCUUACUACUUCAUUCGCACGCUCAUAUACCGUCCGGCCGUGGGGUCUAACCUUGGGCCCAAAGCCGCGCCCGCCCUGCUUUCAGUUGCCGACUCCAGCAAGCACAUUGUUCAAAUCGUCCAACUCCUGGAAGAGAGGAGCAUGAGCUUCUCGUUUUGCUUGAACAAGUUCGAUCUAUUGGCGGUUUGCGGAACAACGCUGCUUUAUCAGGUAGCGGAUCUCAAGCCUGACAGCAAGAUGAUGCGCGACUCCGAGCGCUUGGUCAACGCCGUCAUCGACAUCUUGACGAAGGCCAAGGCACCGGGGGCCCCGGACUUGGCACGGGUUGCACGGUCACUCAUCUCGGUGGAUGGCAAAGAGGGUGUGUCGCCCACCACUUCGUCUCGCAAGGGGUCCAUGCCUGCGCCCUCGCAACGCCCGUCGCCGCUCUCAAGAGCUCCGAGCAAAAAGGCGGGCUAUGCAAUCGGCCAGCUGCACCACGGCGCUGCUAGCGAGGACGACUUGAUACGGCAACAAGAAAAGAUGCGGCGGAUGACGAUGGUGCACAUUCCUACACCGAAUUCGGACAUUUACCGCUCCAGGUCCCGUCAAUCUUUGGACAGUCUUUCUCCAGACAGCGCAACGAUGAGCCAUCGUGACUAUGGUAUGCCUCUAACGCAGGCGUCCACCAGCGGCCACCGGGCGACUAUUUCGAGGCCCAUUCCGAACCUAGACUAUCUAUCACUAAGCAACACCCCAUCCGGAACGGGACCGUCUUCGCCAGGAGGGGGUCUGGGUCGAUUGCACACGCCCGGGUCCGUCUCAGCGGAGCAUCUGCUACUCGGUGGCGACGCUACAGGGAAGACGUCGGCAGUUUCAAACUCUGAAUGGGAGGCAUUGCUGGGUUCUAUGGAUGGUGGCGUGAAUAACGUCUACGAUGCGAUAUAUGGAGGCUCCAGCCUCAUCAACGAGGCAUCGCUCCCUCCCAACAUGGGCAAUGCGGACUGGUCACCGGAUACGUGGGACUUGAGCAAUUUCAACAUUGCAGACUUUGGAGGAGCCAACCAAGGGAUACCGCAGAGUGUGCCGAGCAUCAGCGAUGAGAGUUUAAGUUCCGGAGAGGAGGUAGCACCAUCGGAGCUCGGACUGAGUGUAGGGGCGUGGAGCAUCACGAGCGCGUGAGAAGCACGGAAGCUUCGUAAUAUGAGGGCCAUGUUGUGUAGCGUUUAAGCGUUGUAUAUCGCGUAACGAUAGCUUGCUGCGUACUGGAGUACGUUUUAACGAUUUAACUUGAG